GCUGGAGACACUAGUAUCCGCUGCGCAUGCGAGUCACUAGCUCACAGAGUUGUAUCCUGUACGUGUUGUCAAGUGCACGUGUGCUGGAGGGAAACGGGUUCCGUCAGUUUACAGUAGUGGUCACCGCUCGGUCCCCACCCCGAAGACGCCUGCAGCCAGACUCGAGUACCUCAAACCCACUGACCGACGGGCGAACCGGGGUUACAAAACAAGCCCCACCGCUCCCCGGCCAACAGUUUGAGAGCUAACCAGAGCCUCAGGGGCUAAACAGCUAACUUGAAAUGGCGACGGCAAUAUACUUGGAACAUUAUCUUGACAGUAUUGAAAACUUACCAUGUGAGCUACAGAGAAAUUUCACUUUAAUGCGGGACCUGGACAAUAGGACUGAAGAAAAGAAAGGCGAGAUUGACAAACUGGCUGAAGAGUACAUAGCAAAUGUGAAGAACUUGGCAUCGGAACAGAGAGUGGAACAUCUGCAGAAGAUCCAAAAUGCCUACAGCAAGUGCAAAGAGUUCAGCGAUGACAAAGUCCAGCUUGCAAUGCAGACCUAUGAAAUGGUGGACAAACAUAUCCGCAGACUGGAUGCAGAUCUGGCGCGGUUUGAGAACGAGCUAAAGGAAAAGCUGGAAGUGAGCGGCUAUGAAAGUACAGAAGGAAGAGCCCUGAAAAAGGGUGAUUCACGUGGACUCCGAGAAAAACGUCCAUCCAGAGGAAGAGGAAGGAAAGCUUCUGAUGAAGAGUCUCCCAGAAAGAAAAAGAUGAAGAACAGCCCAGACUUGAGUGACGCUCUCCUGCCUGUGCAGCCUUCAGACGUUUUGGACAUGCCAGUAGAUCCCAAUGAGCCAACAUACUGCCUGUGCCAUCAGGUGUCAUAUGGGGAGAUGAUUGGAUGUGAUAACCCAGAUUGUCCAAUUGAGUGGUUUCACUUUGCUUGUGUUGAUCUCGCCACAAAACCCAAAGGAAAAUGGUUUUGUCCAAGAUGCACCCAAGACAAGAAGAAAAAAUGAGAUUUUUAUGUUUAGAAAUACUUAAAUAAUAUACGUAUUUUUGUUGUAGUUUAAUAGUGUAAUAUAUAUGUAUUUCACUUCCUAUCACUCUCCAUAGAAGUGGUGAGUCAAACAGAUUUUUUAAAGGCCUAAUCCGGAUUUGGAGUAUAGCUGUCCUCAUGGCAACACUAUACCUCCCUCUACUGACUUCACUUUGUUUAUUCUAUCGGAUUUUAAGAUGAUACUUUUUUUCCAUUAGCUAUCAAAUAAUGAAUUAAUCUACAGUAUAUAUUAUUUGUGUACUCUGAGUUAAUCGGUCUGGGUAGUGUAGUUUAAAUCGCUCAAAUUAUUGCCAAUCAAAGAUGUUUUUCUCAAGUCAUUUAUAUAGAUAGUGUCAUUACUAACAUGCUCAGAAAUCCUGGAUUGUGGCUUUAGUAUACUUGAAAUAUCGAUUUUAUAAAGAACUAUUUUUAAAGAAAUUAAAAGCCUGCUGAGAAUAUAGUUUUAAAUGCCUAAAUCCACUCAAAUAAUGGUGGUAAAAGGAAACAUGUGUCCGAUUUUCAGUUACUACCUCCUUAGGGAAAACAUCAGUACCACACAAAUGACUGCAAUUCAUACUGAUGUAAGAAAUUGUGUUUUGAUUAGCUUAAACCAAACAAGCAAAGCAAUGUAAAUGAAUUCCUCAGUGAUUUUCAAAAAAAGAAAACCUGCGACAUUUUUGAAUGUAUUGUGGUACUAAUGGUCAGUCAGUGUCUUUUUGUCAACUGAAUGAGGUAUUUAAGCACUUUGGAUGAAAAUUUCCCCUGAAGAGGUUUGAGACUGCAGGCUUCGUUUCUCAUCUAAAACUUGGCCUUUGUACAUGUUCAACCCAUAUAUGGAAAUAUAUACAUAUACUUAUAUAUAUUUUGUAUGAAAUUAUGAAACUAUUUUGUGGAAGCAGUUUUUUUCUCUCCCAAAGAUAUAUUUGUUGUAUUGCUUAUUGGUGAACACUCAAAUUUUAUUUAAUAGGAUUUUAGCAUCUUCUGUCAUAUUCAACUGUGAAUAUCCCUCAUUUAGGUGUAAGACACAAAUAAAAGAGCCAAAGUAUUUGUAUUUUGUAAAAUUCAGUAUUUUAUACCAAAUAAAUAUUCACUAUUAUUCGUA